CCCAUCGCCAACCACUCAGACCGGUCUUGUCGAGCUCAGUACUGCCGACAAGAUGCCUACCCGUUUCUCGAAGACAAGAAAGUCCCGCGGUCAUGUGUCGGCCGGUUACGGUCGCAUUGGCAAGCACCGCAAGCAUCCCGGUGGUCGCGGUAUGGCCGGUGGUCAGCACCACCACCGCACCAACUUGGACAAGUACCAUCCCGGUUACUUCGGUAAGGUUGGUAUGAGAUACUUCCACAAGACCAACCAGCAGUUCUGGAAGCCCACCAUCAACCUCGACAAGCUUUGGAGCCUCGUCCCCGCUGAGAAGCGCGACGCCUACGUUAGCGGCCAAAAGACCGACACCGCCCCCGUCAUUGACCUCCUUCCCCUCGGUUACUCGAAGGUCCUCGGCAAGGGCCGUGUCCCUGAGAUCCCGAUCGUUGUCCGUGCCCGCUACUUCUCCCGGGAUGCCGAGCAGAAGAUCAAGGAGGCUGGUGGUGUUGUUGAGCUUGUGGCUUAAGCGUGGAAAGGAUGAGAAACAGGCAGGGUCGGUCUUGUGAUGAAAGGUCAAUUUUUUUCUUCCGUUUUUGCUUAAAAAAAAAGAAAUGGGAAUCUUAAAAAUUCGAAAACUGGGAGUCUCGGAUCGGUCGUAUUGACCUGUGUAUCUUGAGAAAGGGCCUCUUGCGACGCUUGGCAGGAUUCUUAAUGCCAUACCUAACGAUUCAAAAGAU